AAAAUGCGAAGAUCUAUAAGAAACUUGGCUGAAAAUGUUGAAAAAUGUCCAUAUUCUCCAACUUCUUCGCCCAACACUCCACCACGGACAUUCUCCGAAAUUCCUGGUCCUCGAGAGAUUCCAGUCAUCGGGAACAUUGGGUAUUUCAAAUAUGCAGUGAAAUCUGAUGCGAAAACGAUCGAAAACUAUAAUCAGCACUUAGAAGAGAUGUACAAAAAAUAUGGAAAAAUUGUGAAAGAAAAUCUUGGCUUCGGAAGAAAAUACGUUGUUCAUAUAUUUGAUCCUGCUGAUGUUCAAACUGUGUUGGCCGCGGACGGAAAAACUCCAUUUAUUGUUCCACUUCAAGAAACAACACAAAAAUAUCGAGAAAUGAAAGGAAUGAAUCCCGGUCUUGGAAAUCUAAAUGGUCCUGAAUGGUAUCGUCUGCGAUCUUCAGUUCAACACGCAAUGAUGAGACCACAAUCGGUUCAAACAUAUCUUCCAUUUUCUCAAAUUGUGUCAAAUGAUUUGGUUUGUCACGUGGCAGAUCAACAGAAAAGAUUUGGACUUGUAGAUAUGCAAAAAGUCGCCGGAAGAUGGUCACUCGAAUCUGCUGGUCAAAUACUUUUUGAAAAAUCUCUUGGAUCUCUAGGAAAUCGAUCGGAAUGGGCCGACGGACUUAUUGAGCUGAAUAAAAAGAUUUUUCAAUUAUCUGCCAAAAUGAGACUCGGUCUUCCGAUAUUCCGUCUGUUCUCAACACCUUCUUGGCGGAAAAUGGUAGAUCUGGAGGAUCAGUUUUAUUCAGAAGUCGAUCGCCUGAUGGAUGAUGCUCUGGACAAACUGAAAGUCAACGAUUCUGAUAGCAAAGAUAUGAGGUUUGCAAGCUAUUUGAUCAACAGGAAAGAAUUGAAUAGACGAGAUGUGAAAGUAAUAUUGCUGUCAAUGUUUUCAGAUGGUCUGAGCACGACUGCACCGAUGCUAAUAUACAACCUAUAUAAUCUCGCAACACAUCCUGAAGCACUAAAAGAAAUUCAAAAAGAAAUAAAAGAAGAUCCAGCAUCUUCCAAGCUUACAUUCCUCCGUGCUUGUAUCAAGGAAACGUUCCGAAUGUUUCCAAUUGGGACUGAAGUUUCAAGAGUCACCCAGAAAAAUUUAAUACUGUCCGGAUAUGAAGUACCUGCUGGGACAGCUGUUGACAUCAAUACAAAUGUUCUAAUGAGACACGAAGUUCUGUUCUCUGAUUCUCCCCGCGAAUUCAAGCCUCAACGAUGGCUUGAAAAAUCGAAAGAAGUUCAUCCGUUUGCUUAUCUUCCGUUCGGAUUCGGGCCACGGAUGUGCGCUGGUCGACGAUUCGCCGAGCAGGAUCUACUAACAUCACUUGCCAAGCUGUGUGGAAAUUAUGAUAUUCGUCACAGAGGAGAUCCAAUAACUCAGAUCUAUGAAACUCUUCUUCUACCACGUGGCGAUUGUACCUUUGAAUUUAAAAAAUUGUAAUUUUUCCAUUUUAGAUCAAAAUAUUAAAAUUUUUCUUGUAUUUUUACUAUUCUUCUGUAUGAUAAAUUAAGCUCGAUA